CAACCGUCUUGCCACUUUUGUGUUAUAGUUGCUCAAUCGUGAAGCACCAGCCGAACGCGCCCAAUUAAAUUAUUUAAUAUAUUAUUCAUCCAACUUUGAGUCAAAUAAAUUAUUUUUUGUUUGAAGUCUUGUGUUACAUUCGUCAUAAAAUUUGACCCUCGAAUCAAAGAUGUAUUUCUGGAAAAGUAUCUGUCUUUUAGCUCUGAUUGCAUCUAUUCAAGCAACACAAGUGAAAAAAUGUCCAAAAAAUUCAGCGAGAAAACUCGAAGCAAAUGAAGUAACCAUAUCAAAUUGUCCAAAGAACAAAUGCACCUUGAAGAGAAAUACAAAAGUGAGCAUUGAAAUGAAGGUUAUCCCAACCAGAGAUUUCAAAGAAUUAAACAACGACAUCUCAGGAAUACUCCUCGAUGUGCCUCUACCAUUCCCAGGAAUCUAUGGGACAAGUGCAUGUCCUCAUAUUUAUGAUGCGGCUGGUGAAAAUAUGGUCGGAUGUCCGCUGAAAGCUAACGAAACUUAUACUUAUAAAAAUAGUUUUGAUAUUUUACCAAUUUAUCCAACUGUAACGCUGGAAAUUCAUUGUGCAUUGGGAGACGGUCAGGGCGAUGCUGCCUGUUUCCAGAUUCCAGCUAGAAUUAAGUAAAAUAAAAUGGUAACGCAACUUAAAAUGUAUAUUGAUAAAAAUUGUCUCUAGAUAAGUUUAAGUGCAAAGUAUUGUGAUAAUAAUUUUUGUCAAUAAAAUUUAGUUUAGGUAACUCUUCGAUUCAUAUAAAUU